AUGUCUAGACAUUUAAAUGAAAUUGAUAAAGCUUUAAUAAAAGAAGAUUUAAACAAUGGUUUAAGUUGUAAUCAUGUUGUAACAAAAAGAGGAUUUGCUAGAUCCACAAUCCAAAAAUAUUGUAAUUUAUUCAAAUCUGAGAUACCAACUAGUCGAAAAUAUGGUUCUGGAAGAAUAAGUAAAAUUACUUUUGAUAUGAAAAUUUAUAUUAAAUCUCUUUAUGAAUCAAAUUCUUUUAUUACAUCAUUGGAAAUUUCAAAGAAAAUUGAAGAAAAAUUUAAUAUUAAGAUUUCAAGACCUACAGUUUCAAGAACAUUGAAAAACUUUGGUCUUUUAACUAAAAUCGCUGUGAAAAAACCAUUACUUAGACCUAUUAAUAUAGUGAAAAGAUUUAAAAUUUCAGAAAAUUUUUUAGGUAUGAAAAAUGAGACACUAAAAAGAAUUAUUUUCACUGACAAAACUAAAUUUAAUUUAUUUAACAGUGAUGGUGCCCAAUAUGUUAGAUAUUACCCCGGAAAAGGUAUGAUAUGA